AUGAACUAUCCUACCUACCCUGGCGAGUUCUCCGACGACCGUGCCGUCUACGAGGACGAGGCGGACGAGGAGGUGCUGCCGUGGAUCGUGUGGUUCUGCGAGAUGAAGAGCAAUGAGUUCUUCUGCGUCGUUGACCGCGACUUCAUUGACGACGAGUUCAACCUCACCGGCCUCUCGUCGAUGGUCUCCUUUUACCACUACGCCCUCGACAUCAUCCUCGAUCUCGAGACGCACAACAGCGCCCGCCUCACGGAGGAGCAGCUGCGCCUCGUGGAGUCGUCGGCGGAGACGCUCUACGGCCUCAUCCACGCCCGCUUCAUCACGACGCCGCGGGGGCUUAAGCUGAUGGAGGAGAAAUUCGUUGAGGGUGAGUUCGGCCGCUGCCCGCGCGUCUUCUGCGGUGGGCAGGCGGUGCUGCCGGUGGGGCAGAGCGACGUUGUGCGGGAGAGCUCCGUGAAGCUCUUCUGCCCAAAGUGUCAGGACAUAUACUACCCGCGCUCGUCACGCCACCGCACGCUCGACGGCGCGUUCUGGGGGACAACGUUUCCGCACCUCUUCAUGAUGCAGCUGCGGGAGAACGGGAAGAUUGUUUCAAAGCCGAGGCAGCACUACGUGCCACGCAUCUACGGCUUCCGGCUGCGCGACAAGGAUGCGGAGGAGGAGCCACUGAAGAAGCAGCAGGGAGAGGAAGAAGAAGAGGAGGACGAAGAGCCCAAUUGCGGUGGCAAUAACAACAACAAUGAGAAUGAGGAAGUGACAGCCCCGGCGGGGGCGGCGGCGUCUGGGCAGCGGUGUUGGGCAGGCAGUGCGGGAUAG